AACAGAGCGGAAUUUGUUAUUUCCGGGGAAAUGGGAAUCUGAAUAAACAUAAUUUGUCCCCAGUUCAUUGAUUUUUCGGUUUUAAAUCUUCAACUUGACUUUUCUGGCAUUAAUAUGUUUUGAAUUGAACCGUAUUGACUUUUAAAAAGUCCCCAGAUGAAGAAACAGCGCAGGAAACUGUAAAUGUCUCGGAGGCUUGUCAUUUCGCUCGUACUUCCAUGAUAUUGAACGUGCUAGCAGCAAAGUGGAAAAGCCUCUUCUUAAACCAGGAUUAGGUGUAUGAGACGCUGAAUCAUGAGACUGACUGGACCCUUACGAGCUGCAGCUGUGCUGCUCCUGAUUGGACUCAUGUGGCUGCUUGCAAACACCUUCUUCGGAAAGGAGGGUAGCGCGUCGGUGACAAGUCUUUUUGGCGACACAAAAGCUGAACCAACCCCAUCUGAAUCACGUCCCCGGAGGUAUAAAUGUGGACUUUCAGCACCGUGUCCUCCAAAGCAUUUAGCUUUUCGUCUAGUUUCUGGUGCUGCGAAUGUCAUCGGCCCCAAAAUCUGCUUGGAGGACAAGAUAUUGGUGAGCAGUGUGAGAAACAACGUCGGCAGGGGACUGAACAUAGCUUUGGUUAAUGGUGUGACAGGAGAGCUCUUAGCAACAAAAAACUUUGACAUGUGGGCAGGAGACGUUUCUGACUUAUUGAAGUUUCUUCGGCCUCUUCAUGAAGGAACGCUUGUGUUUGUUGCUUCCUUUGAUGAUGCAGCUACAAAAAUGAAUGAUGAGUCUCGGCGUUUGUUCGAGGAGCUCGGGAGCUCAGCGGUGAAAGAGCUGGCUUUUAGAGACAGCUGGGUGUUUGUUGGUGCUAAGGGCAUCGAGAAUAAGAGUCCCUUUGAGCAGCGAAUGAAGAACAGUAAGAACAGCAACAAGUAUGAAGGCUGGCCCGAGUCUCUGGAGAUGGAUGGCUGCAUUCCCCUGAGACCACCGCUCGAAGCCUAAUUCUGCCUCAUACCGACUCACAUGACGCCGCAGCAAUGCCUGAAGGAUCACUAAUGAGGACAUUUAGAAAUCCAAGGAGCUUCUGCAUAAAAACAGCAGAAAAUGUUGAAGAGCUACGAGAGGACACGGAAAUAUUUAGCUUUUCCUGUCAUGUGGAGGAACAAAGUAAACGGAGAGUGGUUUGUAGAGGAUUUCAAAAUACGUGUCAUAGCUGCCUUUCAGCCAAGAAUUGAAAAGAUCUUUAAGAAAUGAAGAACAUUAUGACCAGAGGAGUUGCCUACGCUUGAUGACCAAAGGAUGAUGCUGACUAGUGAAUGAACUGAGCUGGAAUAGCCUUUUUCCCAAAGCCAUUGUUGGAAGUUAUACGUUUUCUCUUCUGAACAGCACAUUGUAUGUGUGUGUGUGUGUGUGUGUGUGCGUGCGUGCGUGCACGCACGCUCUCAGCUUGAGCAACAAGAGUAAUUGGAUGCUUUAUAUACAGACACCGGCUAUUUUAAUCAACACAUACAACAACCUGAAAUUAUCCAACUGCACAUAGAUUCUCUGGAAAAAUUAUUUUAUUUGAUUAUAUAUUUUUUGUGUCAUACAUAUUUAAUUGCUACUGUCCCACCUGGGAUUUAACUGCUCUUAUGUCCAGAGAUCAGCCGUUGCACCCAUGUUUACAGAUUUCUUUAAACUUGGUCCUAGUUUGGUCAAACUAUUUAUUUUUAACAAAGAUGACAAAUUGUGUGGGCUCACCUCAAAUGGCUUUAAUGUCUCAGGUCUGCAACGCGUUUCCACUUUGUUUAAAUUUAAACUUAUUUGAAAGGUUGUAGUUUUUUUGUAGUUGAUAAUGAAAGUUUUCAAUUGGCCUCCUGCAGGUCUGACGCUAAAGCAGUGUGGAAAAAUAAACUAUUUUAUCUGAUGCUAGGAGAAAAUGUAAAA